GCCGACGCCCUCUCCUCCAUGACCUCAUCGUCAUCCCCCGUUGCUCUCCUCCUUCUUCUUCUUCUCCAAUCCACUCCCGACUUCCUUUCCGAUCGCCUGUACUUAACGUUUUCAGACCUUCGCAUCGCCCGAUGAUGGAGUGAAUCGAGAAGGACGAAGGGAGAAGAAGGAGACGAAGAAUCGUUCUUCGAUCCCUAGGUGAAGAAGAGAAUCACGGGUUCACGCAAAACCAUGCAGCAUCAUCAUCAUCAUCAUCAUCAACCCUCCUCGAAGCCGACCGCCCACCACCAGCACCACCUCCCCGCUCUCGAGGCCGUCGCCAUGCGCGGCAAGGUCCGCACCGCCUCCCUCCUCCUCCUCCUCGCCCUCUUCGCCUUCCUCCACGUCCACCUCCGCCCCUCUCCCCCACUCGACCCCCGGCUUGGCCUCUCCAACCUCUCCAACCUCUCCAACCUCUCCAACCUCUCCCUCGCCUACGCCGUCCGGGAGGCGGGGUCCGCCCCAUCCCGCCACGUGUCCUCCGUCCCCGAGGAGUCGACCGACGCCGUCUCGAUCCUGUUCCCCGCCUGGGAGGUGCUCGUCAUCGCGCCCCCCGCGACGGCGGGCGGCCGCGGCUGGCGCUGCGUCUUCCAGAACAACGCCACCUCGCCGGCGACGCCCGCCGGGGUCCUCCCCUUCACGAAGCGGGCGAUGUUCAAGUGCCGGCUCCCGCCCAGCGUCCGCCGCCUCCGGCCGUUCUUCCAGCCGGCGCUGACGCGGUCGUCCUCGGAGGAGAAGGAGGAGGGUGAGGGGACGUUCCCGGCGACAGCGGCGGAGGAGCUCUUCCGGUGGAGCUUCCUCGCGUACGAGUCGCUGUCCACGGAGGACGACGUCGUCCUGUUCGUGAAGGGCGUGAACAACCGGCAAGGCAUCAACAGGUCCCCGGACGAGCUGAGCUGCGUCUUCGGCGACGAUCCGGCCACCGCCGUGAGGACCGCCGUCACGAGCUCCGCCCAGGAGGUCUUCCGUUGCGCGCACCCCAAGCUCCCCGCCGCCGACUCCGGAACGGAAAUCAAAAUUAAAAUCACGCUCGAAGUCGCGCGCGAGAAUCGGGUGACACUGAUCCCUUCGGUGGCGUACUACACCCCCGAGCAGCGCAGGUUAGCGGCGGACGGCCCCCGCUCGCUACUGUGCGCGUGCACGAUGGUGCACAACGUGGCGAAGUUCCUAAAGGAGUGGGUGAUGUACCACGCCAGCGUCGGCGUCGACCGCUUCUUGCUGUACGACAACGACAGCGACGACGGCCUCCGGUCGGUCGUCGACGACCUCAGCCGCGGCGGCUACGACGUCCAGGUCCUGACGUGGCCGUGGCCGAAGACGCAGGAGGCCGGCUUCUCCCACGGCGCGAUAUACGCGAACGCUUCGUGCGAAUGGAUGGCGUACGUGGACGUGGACGAGUUCGUCUUCGCUCCGGCGUGGAACAGCUCGGCGCGCCCCUCCAAGCUCAUGCUGACCUCGCUGCUGCCGGCUCGGGACGACCCGGCUCGGAACGGACAGGUGUCGAUCAAGUGCUACGAGUUCGGGCCGUCGCACCAGAAGACGCACCCGCCGGAGGGGGUGACGCAGGGGUACACGUGCCGGAGGAGGAUAGAGCAGCGGCACAAGUCGGUGCUCCGGCUGGACGCCGCGGACGCCUCGCUGCUCAACGUGAUCCACCACUUCAGGCUGAAGGAAGGGUACAGGUCGAGGCAGGUGAGGCUGGAGGACGCGGUGGUGAACCACUACAAAUACCAGGCGUGGUCCGAGUUCAGGACCAAGUUCAGGAGGAGGGUCUCUGCCUACGUCGUGGACUGGACGCAGGCGAUCAACCCGGCAUCCAAGGACCGGGCCCCCGGGCUCGGGUUCGAGCCGGUCGAGCCCAGAGGUUGGGCCCAGCGGUUCUGCGAGGUUUGGGACGAUAGGCUGAAGGCAUUGACGCGGAGGUGGUUCGGGUCGGAGUCGGGUUCCGAACUCAACAUGGCUUGGCAGAGAUGACGAUGAUGACGACGGCGAUUCGACCAUCCGAUGAUACUCUCAUUUUCUCGGCGUGGUUUUGACUCGAGGAUAUAUGGCAGAUUUGAUGGUAAAUACACGGGGGAAAUAUACUGGAAGACGAUUCUUUUUGGUUAUCUUGGUCCAAGAUUUUGGAGAAUAGGGGAUUUAGGAAUUCGGAUUCGUUGAAUUUUCUUUUUACCUACCUUAAUAAUCUCUGGAGAUUAAAUUAGAGAGGAAGAGACUUCUGUUUCUUUCUUUUUUGUCUUUUUUGCAGUUCCGCUUGCUCUCUUUGUUCAGGUUUCAGCUGUCUUUCUUGACCAUCCUGAGUUUUGCUGUAAAUACAAUUCAAACAAGUUCAGCGUCCCCGCUUUCCAGGUC